AUGAAUAAAACCAAAGUGCAAUUCAAUUAUUCUUGGCUUGAUAGAACUGAUAGUUUAGGUUUCAAGAUAUCAAAAUGGGCAAGCAAAAGUAGUGAUUCAGAAAUAUUUUGUAAAGUAUGUGUGAACACCAUAAAAAUUGAUAAAAAAGGAUUCCAAGCCAUUGUUCAACACGUUUCAACUAAAAUACAUAAAAGUAAUUGUAGUUUAAAACUAGGUAGUAACCAGCUACAUUUGUCUUCUUUGCCAGUCUCGGAAUUUGAAUCAAAUGUGUCAACGAAAACGUUGAUAUUAGAUACUUUUUGUGCUAAAGACCUAUCAACUAAAGCAGAACUAAUUUGGUCAAUGAAAACAGUUCUGUGUAACUAUUCUGCUGCUUCGUGCAAUGAUUUAUUUGAUGUUUUCAAAGCAAUGUUUGGCGAUGGAGUUCCUUCAUGUUUCUCACUUGGUCGUACAAAAUUAUCAUAUAUAAUUACAGAAGCUUUAGGACCAUAUCUCAGAAAUAUACUACUUGAAGAAUGUAACAAAGUUUAUUAUACCCUCAUUUAUGAUGAAACAACAAAUGUUGAAGGAAAAAAAGAACUACAAAUUGCAUUGCGUUAUUGGAGUGAUCAAGAAAAUGAAAUAGUUACUUGUCAUUUAGAAACAUUUUUUAUUCAAUCUGCAACUGGUGAAAAAUUGGAAGAAUAUAUAAUGCAGUCUUUACACAACUCUAAUAUGUCACAUUUGAAAAUGCUCAUGCUUGGAAGUGACGGACCCAAAUGUCAAUAA